GGGAAGGGAGGAGUUGGGUCGAAUAAGGAGUUGAGCCCAUUUGAGGGAGUGGGGAAGGUACUGGUAUUCAUGUAGGAGGAAAUAAAUUUGAAUAUACAAGUUCGCCUGCAGAUCUGGCUUAAACAUCCCUUUCCCAUUCCCCUGUCCCUUCUCCCUUCCCCCACCCCUCCCUGCCUCCUGUCCCCCCACCGUAACGAUGGAGGAGAACAUGGAGGAGGACCCCAGUUACCAACAGCUGAUGAUGGACGAUCACAACCACAACAACUGGGAGGCCAACGCGGACGCUUAUCACCAUCAGCAGCAACAGCAUCGCAAUCAACACCAUCACCCCAGCCAGCCCGUUCUGCCCGAGCCGGGAGGCACGCCGCUAGCGCAGCAAGAUCCCAAGGUGCUUCUCCCGCACCCCAUACCUCUCAACGGGGAAGAGCGAGGGCCGGCAUCGCACAGGGAGCCUGACACCGAGCCCGUGGCCGGCAAAGUAACCCUGAACAUCAACAGUUCAGCCUCCAAGUUCUGUAAGUCAAGCUGGGAGAAAUCUGAGCGAGAGAGAGAGCUAAAUGCGUCGACAAUCGAUCGUUAAGCCAAUAAGGAUUUAAUAGUUUUUAGAUGGUUGUGUAUAUUUGAAAUCUACGAUCAAUCUCUUGGAGACCGUGGAGUUUGCGGUGCUUGAUGGUGACUAGUGCUUUCUGCAUUCUUCUGUCUGCUCUACAAAGAGGCAUUGAGCCCCAUUUAACUGUAGUGUGUAUGUAACUAUUGUGAUUGCAGUUAUGUAAUCAAAAACUGGAAUAGAAAUACAAUUCAGUUGAAAGGCCUAGUUUCCCAAAUGCUAGUCCUGAAUUGGGUGCAAGUCUAAAUUAACAGCCUAUCAGUAAACUUUAAAUCUAAAAGACUAAUAGUUAAUAUAUGGAAUUUUAUUUUAAUAGUUACUAGGAAUAAGUUACUUUCUGUCUUGGGAUGGAAAGCACAGAUUAUUUUCACCAGAAUGGAUUUUGCCUUCUUAAGAAA